AUGGGUCGUGAUGAUCGCCCGAUUUCUUUGCGGCACAGUUCUAGCCUGGUCAGUUACACCGGUCUGAGAUCUGUCUACCUCUCCAACAACUCAAGAUAUUCGUCUUCCUCUACAUCUUGGCACAGUUCUAGCCUCGUCAGUUGUACAAGUCCGAGUUCUGUCUGCCUCUUCAUCAACUCAAGAUAUUCGUCUUCCUCUACAUCCCGGCGCAUUUGUAGCCUCGUCAAUUACACCGGUCCGAGUUCUGUCUACCUCUCCAUCAACUCGAUAUAUUGGUCUUCCUCUACAUCCCGGCACAGUUCUAGCCUCGUCAGUUGCGCCGUUUCGAGUUCUGUCUGUCUCUCCGUCAACUCAAGAUAUUCGUCUUCCUCUACAUCCCAGCACAGUUCUAGCCUCGUCAGUUACACCUGUCCGAGUUCUGUCUGCCUCUCCAUCAACUCAAGAUAUUCGUCUUCCUCUACAUCCCGGCACAGUUCUAGCCUCGUCAGUUGCAUCGGUCCGAAUUCUGUCUGCUUCUCCAUCAACUCAAGAUAUUCGUCUUCAUCUACAUCCCCGCACAGUUCAAGCCUCGUCAGUUACACCGGUCCGAGUUCAGUCUGCCUCUCCAUCAACUCAAGAUAUUUGUCUUCCUCUACAUCCCGGCCCAGUUGUAGCCUCGUCAGUUACACCGGUCCGAGUUCUGUCUACCUCUCCAUCAACUCAAGAUAUUCGUCUUCCUCUACAUCCCAGCACAGUUCUAGCCUCGUCAGUUACACCGGUCCGAGUUCUGUCUGCCUCUCCAUCAACUCAAGAUAUUCGUCUUCCUCUACAUCCCAGCACAGUUCUAGCCUCGUCAGUUACACCGGUCCGAGUUUUGUCUGCCUCUCCAUCAACUCAAGAUAUGUGUCUUCCUCUACAUCCCAGCACAGUUCUAGCCUCGUCAGUUUCACCGGACCGAGUUCUGUCUGCCUCUCCAUAAACUCAAGAUAUUCGUCUUCCUCUACAUUCCAGCACAGUUCUAGCCUCGUCAGUUACACCGGUCCGAGUUCUGUCUACCUCUCCAUCAACUCAAGAUAUUCGUCUUCCUCUACAUCCCGGCACAGUUGUAGCCUCGUCAGUUACACCGACCCGAGUUCUGUCUGCCUCUCCAUCAACUCAAGAUAUUCCUCUUCCUCUACAUCCCGGCCAAGUUCAAGCCUCGUCAGUUACACCGGUCCGAUUUCUGUCUGCCUCUCCAUCAACUCAAGAUAUUCGUCUUCCCCUACAUCCCAGCACAGGUCUAUCCUCGUCAGUUACACCGGUCCGAGUUUUGUCUGCCUCUCCAUCAACUCAAGAUAUUCGUCUUCCUCUACAUCCCAGCACAGUUCUAGCCUCGUCAGUUACACCGGUCCGAGUUCUGUCUGCCUCUCCAUAAACUCAAGAUAUUCGUCUUCCUCUACAUCCCGGCACAGUUGUAGCCUCGUCAGUUACACCGGUCCGAGUUCUGUCUACCUCUCCAUCAACUCAAGAUAUUCGUCUGCCUCUACAUCCCGGCACAUUUGUAGCCUCGUCAAUUACACCGGUCCGAGUUCUGUCUACCUCUCCAUCAACUCAAUAUAUUGGUCUUCCUCUACAUCCCGGCAUAGUUGUAGCCUUGUCAGUUGCGCCGUUCCGAGUUCUGUCUGCCUCUCCGUCAACUCAAGUUAUUCGUCUUCCUCUACAUCCCAGCACAGUUCUAGCCUCGUCAGUUACACCUGUCCGAGUUCUGUCUGCCUCUCCAUCAACUCAAGAUAUUCGUCUUCCUCUACAUCCCGGCACAGUUCUAGCCUCGUCAGUUGCAUCGGUCCGAAUUCUGUCUGCUUCUCCAUCAACUCAAGAUAUUCGUCUUCCUCUACAUCCCGGCACAGUCCUAGCCUCGUCAGUUACACCGGUCCGAGUUCUGUCUGCCUCUCCAUCAACUCAAGAUAUUUGUCUUCCUCUACAUCCCGGCCCAGUUGUAGCCUCCACAGUUCUAGCCUCGUCAGUUACACCGGCCCGAGUUUUGUCUGCCUCUCCAUCAACUCAAGAUAUUCGUCUUCCUCUACAUCCCAGCACAGUUCUAGCCUCGUCAGUUACACCGGUCCGAGUUCUGUCUGCCUCUCCAUAAACUCAAGAUAUUCGUCUUCCUCUACAUCCCGGCAGAGUUGUAGCCUCGUCAGUUACACCGGUCCGAGUUCUGUCUACAUCUCCAUCAACUCAAGAUAUUCGUCUUCCUCUACAACCCGGCACAGUUGUAGCCUCGUCAGUUACACCGACCCGAGUUCUGUCUGCCUCUCCAUCAACUCAAGAUAUUCCUCUUCCUCUACAUCCCGGCAAAGUUCAAGCCUUGUCAGUUACACCUGUCCGAGUUCUGUCUGCCUCUCCAUCAUCUCAAGAUAUUCGUCUUCCUCUACAUCCCGGCACAGUUCUAGCCUCGUCAGUUGCAUCGGUCCGAAUUCUGUCUGCUUCUCCAUCAACUCAAGAUAUUCGUCUUCCUCUACAUCCCAGCACAGUUCUAUCCUCGUCAGUUACACCGGUCCGAGUUUUGUCUGCCUCUCCAUCAACUCAAGAUAUUCGUCUUCCUCUACAUCCCAGCACAGUUCUAGCCUCGUCAGUUACACCGGUCCGAGUUCUGUCUGCCUCUCCAUAAACUCAAGAUAUUCGUCUUCCUCUACAUCCCGGCACAGUUGUAGCCUCGUCAGUUACACCGGUCCGAGUUCUGUCUACCUCUCCAUCAACUCAAGAUAUUCGUCUUCCUCUACAUCCCGGCACAGUUGUAGCCAGAAAUAA